CCAGCCCGACUCGGUCCGGAGCUCACCCUCCUCUACCCCUCGCGAGAAGAGCAGCGUCCGGUCCCGCCCCGUCCCGCCCCGCCGGCAGCGCCAUGGUGCGGGGCGCGGGGGGAUGGUUGUGGUGCUGCCGUCUGCUGCUCCCCCCGGGGCCGGGAUCCCUCUGGGCUCUGGGCCGGGUUCUGUCCCGGCCGUGCCGCACCGGUGGGCGGGCAGGGCCGGAGGGGAAGGCAGGGUACGGGCUCUGGACGGCGGCGGACGGAGGGAUCCCGGUUCCACGCGGGGCCCGCGGGCUGCGGAGCUCAAACCCCUACACCCGCAAGCAGGAGGAGGAAUGGCGGCGCCGGAACCGCUCCACGCUCGCUUACAUCGCCGCCGCCGCCGUGGGCAUGGUGGGGAUGUCCUACGCGGCCGUGCCGCUCUACCGACUCUACUGCCAGGCCACGGGUCUGGGCGGAACCACGGGCUCAGGCCACAGCUCGGAGCAGAUCGAGAGCAUGGAGCCUGUGAGGGACCGGGUCAUCAGGGUGACUUUCAACGCGGAUGUGCAUUCCAGCAUCCAGUGGAACUUCAAGCCACAGCAGAAGGAAAUCUACGUGGUACCAGGAGAAACUGCACUGGCAUUUUAUAAAGCAAAAAAUCCCACUGACAAACCAGUAAUUGGAAUCUCUACCUACAAUGUAAUACCCUUUGAAGCAGGACAGUAUUUCAAUAAAAUACAAUGUUUCUGUUUUGAAGAACAGCAGCUAAAUCCUCAGGAAGAAGUGGAUAUGCCAGUCUUUUUCUACAUUGAUCCAGAAUUUGUAGAGGACCCUAAAAUGGCUAAAGUUGAUUUGAUCACCCUCUCUUACACCUUUUUUGAAGCAAAGGAAGGACAGAAGCUACCACUUCCUGGAUAUCAGUAAUGCUCAAUCUCUAUACCAUUUGACUUCUGCUGCCCUACUAGCUGUUUGGAAACUAUUUUUCAGUGGAGAGAAAAGCUGUAGGAGUACUGUGGAAUAUGAAAUUAUUUUAUUAAAUCACCAUGGGUACAUGCUGCUGUUAUAAAAAGAUGUAUUUUUUUUAAAGAAAACCAACACAUUUUAUGUAUUUGGAAUAUUAUUUCUUAGGGAUAGUAUUUUCAUUAGAAAUAGAAGGGAACAUGCUGUUCCUGGAAGAGAGGGUUUUUUCAAGCCAUAUUUAUAUAAGAUGAGAGAUGCUACCUGAAUACUGCAAGGCAGAUUUCUAAACCCAAGUGUAAAUUGAGAUAUUAAUUUAAAUAGAGUGAAUAAAUCAGUUUCUUAAGCAUCUAAAUUGCAUUGCUGGCUCUAAAGAGUAAUUUCAAUAUAAGUUCAUUUAUAAAGGUAUAAACAGAUCAGUUGCUGAAAUCUCAAACCUAAACAAAGUUAGACUGCAUUGCUCCCUUGCUCCUACAGCAGGACAGGAUGAUUCAGAUGAUGAUGCUCUCAAAUUGCUACUGAAUCAGUAGUUCAGUUGGUAAGAGCAUCAGUAAGUUCAUUUUAGAUCAGGAUGAUCUAAAACUGUAAUUUAAAGGUAAGCAUGUCAACCCUGUGGUAUGGUUUCCAUUUAGAAAUACCUCAUCUUCAGAUUUCCAUGCUGUGCUCAACUCAUUUCAAAUAUCUGUUCUGCUAAUGACUGCACAGAGGGCUGCACACAGGGCACCCCUACACAGAGACAAGUUUAGGUUCUGUAUGAAAUGCUUUAAAGGGAAAGGCAGGACACAGCUGCUCUGAAUUACAGGUUAAAGCAACAGCACAGGAGUCUCUUCAGAAACCAAAAGGAAUUAACCCCAUGCAGAGGUUAAGUCUGACAAAGCCUGCCCAGCAGCCUGCCAGUUGUUCAGAGGUACUCCUGGGUGCUCUGUUUAUCAGAACAGGUAAACCUGUAUUUAUGCAACUUUUGGUCAUUAUCUGUAGGGUAGGGAUAAUAACAUUUCAUUAUAGCUUUGCAGAGGAGGAGUGAGUUGCAGAGCCAGUUUAAGUGCCCUGCUCAUUUUCAGACAGGAAUUUGUAACAGCCCAGUAUCUCUAUCUGCUAGGCCAGUUCUUUCUACCCCUUUCAGCAGAUAAGAUCUGACAAUAUGAGACUAAUGGUUGUUUGUUUGGGCUCUAAAAAAAGUAAUGUCAGACGUAACUUCCAGUUACUUUAGUGUCAAUUUUAUUUCUAUACAAUAAUUUAUAAAGUGCUUUUCUGAAAAUAAAUGGAUGCUACAAUUAAAAUGCCUUGUUAUACCACUUAUAUUAGCUGUUUAAAUAGAUUCUGGAUGACGUUCAUGUCUUCACUGUGUAUUUAUUAAAGUUCUAAAACUUUUCAUUUU